AUGAUCGAAACCUACAGCCAGCCUUCUCCCCGACCGGUGGCCACGGCACCACCAGCCAGCAUGAAAAUUUUUAUGUAUUUACUCACUGUUUUUCUUAUCACUCACAUGAUUGGGUCAGCAUUUUUUGCCGUGUAUCUUCACAGAAGAUUGGACAAGAUAGAAGAUGAAAGGAAUCUUCACGACGAUUUUGUGUUCAUAAAAACGAUACAGAGAUGCAAGAAAGGAGAAGGGUCCUUAUCCUUACUGAACUGUGAGGAAAUUAGAGAGCAGUUUGAAGCCUUUGUCAAGGAUAUCAUGCUAAACAAUAACAAAGUGAAUGAGAAGAAGAUGGAUGGGCAAAACUUUCAAAUGCAAAAAGGUGAUCAGGAUCCUCAAAUUGCUGCACAUGUCAUAAGUGAGGCCAGCAGUAAAACAGCAUCUGUUCUGCAGUGGGCCCGCAAGGGCUACUACACCAUGAGCAGCAACUUGGUGACCCUGGAAAACGGGAGACAGCUGACCGUCAAAAGGCAAGGACUCUACUACAUCUAUGCCCAAGUCACCUUCUGCUCCAAUCGGGAAGCUUCAGCUCAAGCGCCCUUCAUUGCCAGCCUCUGCCUGAGGUCGGACGGGGGCUCCGAGAGAAUCUUACUUAGAGCGGCGAACACCCGCAGCUCCUCCAAACCCUGCGGCCAACAGUCUGUUCACUUGGGAGGAGUAUUUGAACUGCACCCCGGCGCUUCGGUCUUUGUCAACGUGACUGAUCCGAGCCAAGUGAGCCAUGGCACUGGCUUCACGUCUUUCGGCUUGCUCAAACUCUGA